UAUCGCAUAUGUCUGUAUUCAGAGUUGCCUUGCGUCGGCUUGGAACAUCAUGCUGAUCAGUCUCAAUAGGUACAUUUGUAUCUGUAAAAACUCGUGGUACUCAAAGAUCUACUCGAGAAAAUCAGUUGCAGUUAUGAUCAUGGCAGCCUGGUUUGGUGGCUUUGUGUGGAAUAUUUUCCUGUGGACAGGAUGGAACAGUGUCAGCUUUGAAAGGAAGCAAUUCACGUGUUUGUACAACCGGCACGAUGACUUCAGCUACAUUGUUAGUAUUGCCAUAUUUGCCGUUCUUAUACCCGUCAGUGUAACAGCACUCGCGUAUCUUUUGAUUUUUUUGAAGGUACGGAAAUCCCGGAGGAGAAUCCAGGCGUUCAAUAAGAAAAAGGACAAGAAUCAACGCACCAGUAGUGACAUCAGACUGGCCCGCAUGCUGUUUAUAAUGUUCGUUAUUUAUUGCAUAUUGUGUGGACCUUAUGCGUUUGUCAGUGUUUUUGAUUGGAAUGACAAACUCCCGCUUUUUUGGUAUGCUAUCUUUGGACACAUGUUUCACAGCAAUAGCGCAGUGAAUUUCAUCAUUUAUGGCCUCACCAACAAGAGCUACAGAACCGGUUAUAAACUAUUCUCUAAGUAUAUACUCACCAAGAUUUCCUGUGGGACAUACAAUCCUACACAAAAUGUAGAAAGUGACAUAGACAAAAGUCAAAUGGCACACACAAUUACCAAGACAGGCUGAAUCCAACCGUGGUAUUUGAA